UUCUCAUUAUCUCCAAAUUCAUCUCAAAAAACCUUUUUCCACUGAAACCUCACACAAAAUGAAAACUGACGAUCACCUAGCACGAGGAGACUCAUGUCUCACAUGAGGUUUUGGAUAAAAGAGGAGAAGGGACUAAUAGUAAGAGUAACUGUUCUAGUAGUUUUGAGGUACUGAAUGUAGAAAGUGGAGUGAAGGAGAAUGAUCUAACUUCCAAAAACCAAGAAAAGAUGGCUUCUCAAACUUGCAUAAAGAACAAAUCUGUCCCUUCUGAGGAAGCAAAAGCUACAAAGAAGGAGGCAAAAGCUCGGAAGAAAAUAACUCAAGAGCGUAUAGCACUUGGCGUGAAGAAGUUGAAACUCAAACCACCAGUAGCUCCGAGACCAAAACCUAUAAUAUUUUGUCGGCACCAUCUCAAGGGUCGGUGCCACGAGGGAGAACAGUGCAAAUUUUCACACGAUACAACUCCGGAAACCAAAUCUUUGCCUUGCUGCUACUUUGCAACUCAGUCAUGUAUGAAAGGAGAUGAUUGUCCGUACGACCAUGAUCUGUCCAAAUAUCCUUGCAACAAUUUCGUGACCAAAGGUUUCUGCCACAGGGGUGAUACGUGUUUAUUUUCUCACAAGGGUACUCCACAGGCUGCUUCAGAUAGACCGGUUGCAAAUGUAACAACCUCGUCAAGUAACAUCGCUGCAGCAUCUAGUAGUUUUGAGGCACUGAAUGUAAAAAGUGGAGUGAAGGAGAAUGAUCUUUCCAAAAACCAAGAAAAGAUGGAUUCUCAAACUUGCAUAAAGAACAAAUCUGUCCCUUCUAAGGAAGCAAAAGCUAGAAAGAAGCCUUGCCGCUACCUUGCAACUCAGUCAUGUAUGAAAGGAGAUGAUUGUCCGUACGACCAUGAUCUCUUAAAAUAUCCUUGCAUUAAUUUCGUGACCAAUGGUUUCUGCCACAUGGGUGAUAAGUGUUUGUUUUCGCACAAGGCUGCUUCAGAUAGACCGGGUGAAAAUGUAACAAUCUCGUCAAGUAACACCGCUGCAGCAUCUGUCUUACCUCAGAAAUCAAAUAAACAAACCGUGAGACAGGCCAUAGCCAGAUUACAGGGGAUACAACCAAGAGUUUCAAGCUCAUCUACGUUUUUGAAGCCCUCUAGUCAAUCUAACCAAAAAAACUCAACUGUUGCAUCAUCUUCAAAGAUCAAUGAACAUGCAACACCUCCACAGCUUCCUCCUUUGAGAAAACCAUCCGUUGUUCCAAAGGGUAUGAGUUUUCUCUCUUUUUACAAAACCACCCAAGAGGAGGAUACCUCGAAGAAGCUGUAAACAAGAGCGACCUUACAGUUAACAGACUGUAACCAGAAACUCAGGGAACAUAUCGUCCAAGAGUCCCGAGUUCUUGUCGAGCUUCAGCCACGGCAAACAACUGAUCUAUAUUUGGUUUCUCUUUUAGAUUAAAAAAAAAAAAAAGACCUCGGUUAUUAUGUUUUCUGAUAACUUCCUUUAGACAUCACAUUUUCUGUAGGUCUGAAUCUGAAUCUUGCGAUGCAUCUUCAUUGAAAGGAUUCAAUGUUUAUAAGUAGGUUCCUCUCUUUAUAUAUUUGGCUAGAGCAUUUGAAUUGGUCUG